GGUCCCACGGGCUAAUGUGUCCGCCAGCACUCCUGCAGGAAUGAAUGAUGAUGCACCAGACGAGGUCCUUGACGAGCUGAGGACCAGGCCCAUUGGAGGAUGGGGCAUCGCUCAGAUAGCUGCUGGCACUGGGCUGGCUGUGUACACCAUGUGGGUGGUAAUCGUCCAGCCAGGUUUUAGAAAAGUCCCUCUGAGGCUGCAGGUUCCCUACAUCCCAGCAAGCAAAGCUCAAGUAGAUAAUGUCAUGACACUGGUGAGAGGUCGAAAGGGAGGCCUGGUGGAUUUGGGAUCUGGUGACGGUCGCAUUGUCUUGGAAGCCCACCGGAAGGGUUUCACUCCUGCUGUUGGUUAUGAGCUCAACCCUUGGCUUGUUCGAUUCGCCCGCUUUCAUGCAUGGAGAGCAGGUCUUCAUGAAAAUGUAUCGUAUCGGCGGGAAGAUCUCUGGAAGGUUGACUUGACAGAAUGCAUGAAUAUCACCGUGUUCUUGGCACCCAGCGUGCUUUCAUUAUUGCAGGAGAAGCUGCAGGCUGAGCUUUCUGAUGAUGCCUUAGUUGUGGCCGGACGUUUUCCCUUCCCUGACUGGAAACCCUGCCGGAUUGAGGGCCAGGGUGUGGACAGGGCCUGGGCCUACAGCAUGAAAGCACAAAGACAGCAUGCUCUCAAGAACAACGACAACCUCACAGUCAUGGAUAGCGACAAUGUUGCAAACUAACCAAGGAGAAAUUAUUCUCUUGAAGCUACAUGUACACAACAAAUCUUUUUCCCUCCUGUAACGGCAACGUGGAAUCAUUAAAUUAUAAAGCUGCUGGUAAGAUGUGAAUAUCCUUUAUUGGAUAAGGGUAACUUUAAGGACAUAUUACAUAAAUACAAUUUAAGACUUUUUGAUUACAUCUGCAACAGGAUGUUUCCGAUAAGCCGUGUAUGCAUAUGUUUGUGCUGCUUUUUUACUCUACUGUUGUACUGAAGUGAAAAAUUGCAAUGAUUUUGCAGAAAUUAGCAGAAAUGCUCUCUUCUAUAUUUUUGAUGGCUUGAUUGUCUAAUUUCUACAUUGUCAACAAUGUCUGAACUCCACUUUUAUACCAGAAGUUCCUGAUUGAGGAUUUCUGUGUAACUAACUGAGGAGGAACAUGCUUUUGAAAGUUGUUUUAUCUAUAGUUUUGUGUUUUCUGUGUACUUAAUGUUUCUUACAAAUAAAUAUUAUUAGACAUC